AUGAUAGAAUUUAAUAAAUAAAUAGAUUUGAAGAAAAUUUAUUUGGAUUAAAAAGCUUGUAUUCCAUAUGAUAUAACAAUAAUAAUAUAGCUGGAAUAUUAGAGUUAAUAUUCUUCUUUCGAGUCUUGUAUUUUAAAUCUUUAAAAUUAGAAUUUUUUUAGGAAAUAUGAUCGAAUUUAAAUAUUGAUAUACGAUACAUAGUUGGAAAUAUUUAUGCCAUUCACUUUGAUAAGCAGUGAUCAUCAAUUAAAUUAGAUUAUAAACUCUUUAAGGGAUUUAGGAAAAUUGUUUAUUUAAGUUAAUUAAAAGAAGCUUAAAGAGUUAAAUUGGGUACAAGCAAUUGAAUUAUCUCUAAGUUGCAUUUAUGAACAUAAAUACAAUGAUUUUAUCAAUUUUAAAUAAAUGUUAAAAUCAGUAAAAGAAGGCUAUAAAAAUUUUAUGAGAUACAAACAUCUGAAGAUUUAAUAGAAUAUGAAUGAAUAAGAAAGAAAAUAAAUUAUUAUUCUAUUUUCAAAAUAACAAAAUAGCUAAAUAUAAAGCUUGAAUAUUAAUGAUGUGUACAAAUUAGUAAAUCAUCAAAAAUUAAUAAUUUAUCAUUUAAAGGAAUACUCUCUUUUAGAGAACUAAAGCGAACAAUACUAAACUCCUUUUUUAAAUUAUGAGUCUUUUGUUGAUGAUAUCCCAUUCAUUAAUUAGUUUAAAUAAUUAAGAGAGGAAGAUAGUUUAAAUGAAGAAAAUGAAUUCAUAGCAAUUCUAAAUAACUCUUGA